AUGCCCCAGCCAAAAGAACUCGUCAGAUACACGUCGUCAACUGUACAAGAAACAGAGAAGACCGCCAUAUUCGCAAACACCUCUGACGAGAAAUUUCGCAUUUUCGGAGAAGAGUCGAUGGCGAGGGUAUGGAAGGCGCCAUUGGAUGUGGUGGGAUGGUUAGAUCCGCGACAAUUCUCGUGCACUCCGGCAUUUCGCCAUCCGACUACUUUGCCCUCCCCUCCUUCAAUAGACCCGUCACACGUAGGCAUGCCCGAAGUAGCGUACGUUACUCAGGUGUUGAGGGAGACUCUCGAUGGGUGUGUCGAUGCUUGCAAUGAAGACGAAAAGGCGAUAGGAACUGCCUCGGGCCUUAGCAAGGAUAUCUCUGUCUACCGACUUUUAGGAUUCUAUUAA